UUGGUCCACAUUCGUCAAGGUUCGCUUUGGAACUCUAGCUAUUUCGCAACAAACCAAGGACGACGACUGGAAGGGAUUGGCAGAAUGAUUGACAUGGCAGUCGCGUGCAUGGGACUGACGGGCUUUUUCACUUGGGGUGGGUCGCGACCGCGGNNACGCAAUGGUCGUGGCCGUGGUGCACCUGCACAACGCCGCAAUGUACGAGGAGGUUUUCGCAGUCAUCGGUCUCGAUCAAACCAGCAGACUUUGCCCGCAUAUAUCGUCGUGGAUGCAUGCUCAAAUUCAGAAGGNGGGUUGGAGAAAGAGAUCGUGGCAUGGGGUCUUGGUGAGGAUCUCGUGGUUCGCUGGCGGGAAAUGAAGCAUUCUCGUCUUAUAGAAGAAUCAUGGAUGGCAGUAGAGGGGGCUACAUCGAGUCUCAAGAGUGGAGUGGACGAUGUGGCUACCAUCUUCGUCCUUAAUGAUGUCGUGACUGACCCAGCGCUGCUUGUUGGCAGAGCUAAUGGUAGCCUACAGCUAAUGUCGACAAAUCGAAGAAAUACUGGACAUGUCUUCGCAUCCUUUCGCCCUUCAUCUUCAGGCUUUGGGAAGUCUUUUGUACAACAAGAUCAGAUACAACACUUCGACACCAACAUCUCCUCAAGGGCUGCAGCCGUCAUCACGAGAGACAGCAUGUUUGUUUAUCCUCUGACUGAUAUCGCACUAAGUCAAGACCAGUACGUCAGUGAGCUGGGGCUUACUAUUCAACCAACGGAAGCCUUCAACUUACACACUAUGGAGAAUGCCGCUCCAAUCGGAUCCUUACGCGCAGUGAGGUUUAUGGCAAGUGGUGGUCUGGCCUUCUGUGCGACCAAAUCUACAGAGCCCGUUCAAUAUCUUUCUAGAACGCCUACAGGCAUGGUAGUCACCGGUCUAGGAAAGCGUUUUCCUUCCAGCCGCUGUGCAGAAUCCUUCACUCACGAUGGAAUCCUUCCACACAGUGCUCGGGAUCUGCUACCCGUGAACACUGCAUCCUCUGCUGGUGGGUAUGGCAACGCUAUAUUGAGCUCAUAUGAUGAUGGUACGGUCCGAUUGCAAGAUCUCAGAAGCCCUGCAGCUUUUGAUACUAUCUAUCAGGAUCACUUUGAGAUGGUGACUCCAAUGGGUCCUCUCAUCUCUCACGGCAUGGAGAGAUUUAUCGCCGGUAGUGCUCGCGCAUCUAUCCUUAAGAUCUUUGACUACCGAUGGACCAGAAGCUAUUCAUACAUAGAUGCGCUGCCUUGUAGCGAAAAACCUAUGGUUCCGACUCCAAAGUCACUCACACUAGCUCCAUUUCCAGAGGUCACGAAGCGAGACAGGUGUUGUCACAUAUCUGGGCAUCGCUGCUACCUCCAUGCUCUCGCCAGAACAGACUUCUACAAGCCAAACUGCAAUGUUUACCUGUUCACUGUCGAUGACGCUCCAUCUCCUGUCUACUCGCUGGCGAAACCAUCCGAUUUAUCCUCAUCAGUGUAUGCCGGACUAUCUGGCGAGCUGUCCAAAUUGAGUCUCAAAGAUCAAGAGGUAGAUCUGGCAGAGAGUGUACGGUUGCAACAGGUAGAUUCCAAGAGUCUUUUGGGUUAUGCUUAUCACCAGGGCUUGACUAGCAUAGUCGAGACUGGAGAUGGAAUUGCCUUGAAUGAUAUAAGCAAGAGCAAGCGGCUACCCGCUUUCUACAAGCAGAGGCAUGAACAAUUAGAUGUUGCUCUACGGCCGGACCAGCGGCUUGAUGAGUCGUUAUGCUAA